ACGUUUCUACUACAUAUAUAAAAUUUGUUUCAAUACCAAACGAAUUUUCACAAGAUUUACAUAGUAUAAUUCUGUAUACAAAUGGGUAUUCUGCGUCAGCUAUUGUUUGGUAAAUAUCUAAUAGUUACCAACACUGUGAGUUGUGGUUUUAUGAUGGCAGCAGGAGAUGUGAUCCAGCAGCGCAGCGAACAUUGGAAGAAGCAUUGUUCUCAUAAAUACUUUCCGAGCAGCGUUGUAGCAGCGUCACCAGAAGAUGAAAAGGUGGCGGCAAUUUCUAGCACGUACGGACACGAUUAUAUAAGGACUAGGAAUAUGAUGAUUGUAGGACUGCUUCAAGGUCCGUUUCAUCAUUGGUUCUAUAUGCUCCUAGACAAGGUUUUGCCAGGCAGGAACGCAAAGUCGGUCCUCAAAAAAACGUUUCUAGACCAAUCGAUUGCGAGUCCCACGUGUUUAACGAUAUUUUUCGUCGGCCUCGGGAUUCUGGAGAGCCGCAAAAUUGAUGAAAUCUGUAAAGAGCUAAAGUUAAAGUUCGGCGAAACGUGGAAAGUCGAUUGCUGCUUUUGGCCUCCUACGCAAUGCAUUAAUUUCUUCUUUGUGCCUCUGCAUUAUCGGGUACUUUAUACAAACGCUAUGACGAUGGUCUAUGACAUUUUCCUAUCAUAUAUGAAAUAUGACGCUCACUUCGAAUGACAAAAUAAACAUCUCAUGGCUAAUUCUUCGCAGACUAAGGCUAGUCUGAGACAGUAUGAACAAAAGAUAUGACUAUGUAAAUAAUAAUUA